CCAGGUACUGGCCGUCGGUCAGUAGUUUUUCUCCGGGAACACCGGCUUUCCUUCACCGCCAAAACACGGCAUGUCCUUAAAUGACCAUAGUUGUUAAUAGGACGCAAAACACAAACAAACCAAACUAAAGAACAAUGUUACCGCAUAUGAUUUCGAGUUCAGAUAACUGUAAUUGAAUCCUGCCUUAUUGUAUUCCGACAUCAUUUGUUAAUUAAAUGUGCUUACUGAGGUAACACGUACCUAGUUCCUGCGUUCAGCUUGAAAUGCGGGAGUAAACCGUCAUGCUAAUUUAUAUAAAAUGUAUGCAUUUGCUAAACAGAUAACGUAUUGUCGUUGCUUAUUGGUUGAUUAUCAAAUUAACUGACUAACCGGUUACUCAAUCGGAAGAUUGUUUGAGUAACCUGUAACCAAAAUUUGACCGGUUUGACAACCCUAAUAGCAAUCAUAUUUGUUUGUUUUUUACUUUAAAUUCUGUGACUUCACAUGGUUAGUUUCUAUAUUUUGAAAGGGUAACGGAACUUGGUGAAGAUUUUACAAGUUACUUGUUAUAGUCAUGAAUAUAAUUCAAAGUAAAGAGACACGGUCAUUUUGACCUUUCUUAAAAUGUUGGUAUAUACAUUCAUGAGAUAUGGCCUGGAAUGUUUUUUGAAGCACCAAGCCACAGUGAUCUCCGUUCUGUAAAAUCCGAUAAGACUAUUUGAGUUAUUCCCCUUUGGUCAUGUGAGGUACGUCAGAGUUUUAGUUUAAUCUACAUCCGUAUUUGUCAUCAUCAAAGGUGACGUUCACGCCCCCGUUGUGUACGUUUUCAGUAAACCAUGAGGUUAAAUGUUUAAUCUAACGGUUAUAUCAUGCAAUAACUGAUUAUUAAGGAAAUAUGUCAAUUUUAGGCAAUGUUACGAACAAGUCUCGACUGCUGAAGACAAAAUUACAACACAGGAUUUUCAAAGAUUGACCUUACUAAAAUGGCGUUUAAGACCAACUAUCCUCCAAGAAUGACGUUCGAAUGGUUUACCUAUACGAAGGAGUGGAGUCAAAUUAUAGACAGUAACCAGGAUCUACACAUUCACAUGCUGUAUUAUGAGGAUCUAAAAUCGAACCCUCUUGGAGAGGUCAGUCGUCUUGCAGAGUUUUUGAAAGUGGAAUAUGAUGACCAACUGAUCAGAGACAUAACAGACAACUGCAAUUUUGAAAGUUUAAAACAAGCAAACAAAGUCGUCAAGGCUACAGGCAAUCCCAAUCCGGAAAUGGAAGACUUUCAAAACAUGUACAGAAAAGGUGAAGUUGGAGACUAGAAGAACUGGUUCACAGUGGCAGAUAAUGAAAUAUUUAAUGCAGCAUUUGCGGAAAGAACUGAAACACUGACGUUUAACUACACAUUUAGCCCG